AUGAUACUCUUAAAAAGUGCAAAUGAAUUUAUCAUUGAUGGAACUUUCAAAGCAUCUCCAAAAUUUCAUGGCGAAUGUUGUCAACUUUUCGUUAUCAUGGGAAUAUAUAUGGACAAUGGUUUCCCAAUAGUAUAUGCUCUAAUGAAUAACAAAACAGAAACCAGUUACUUUCAUUUAUUCAAUUACCUAAAAACUAUUGGAAAUUGGAACCCAAAAUGUAUAUCUGUAGACUUUGAACAUUCGUCUAUUGCUGCAAUAAAGUCAGUGUUCUCAGACAUAAACAUUCAUGGUUGUUGGUUUCACCAUUCUCAAUGUGUUUGGCGUCAUGUACAAAAAAAAGGUUUGACUGAUUUAUGCCGUAGAAAUCGAACUGUUUAUGACGUUGUUCAUAUGCUUAUGGCAAUUCCUCUAUUACCUAAAGAUAAAACAUUUGAAGGAUUUCAGAAUGUAUUACAAUUUUAUAUUGAUGAGCUGCAUAGUGCUUUAAAGAAACUUAUUACCUUUAUGAAAGGAAUUAAAAAUGACUUUUUAUUAGUUCAAGAUGGUAUAGAAAUCAGACAUGAACAAACAAAAAAAUGA